AUGGAUUUGAGGUCGACAGUCCUGGUCAUUGGAGGAUCCGCGUGCUCUUUCAAACUGCUGAACACGAUUGUCGGACUUCUGCCAGCGCCGGCGCCGGCACGUAAGAAAGCCUGGAAGUGGAGGAAUAUCAGCACUUCUUUAGCUCACAGCUCUCUGACAGGAGCGUGGGCUGUUUUAUGUUUCUACCUUCAACCUCAGAUGGUGAAGGACCUGAUCUCGUCUCACUCCGUGCUCUCCCACAGCCUUGUGGCUGUGUCUACAGGUUAUUUUAUCCAUGAUUUCUUGGACAUGGCCUUGAACCAGUCAGUCAGACAGUCCUGGGAGCUGCUCCUCCACCACUCCAUGGUGAUCUCCUGCUUCGGCUUGGCUGUGACGACUCGUUUCUACCUGGGCUUCGCUGUGGUGUCGCUGCUGGUCGAGAUCAACUCCGUUUUCCUCCAUAUCAGGCAGCUCCUCCUCCUGUCAGGACAGAGGAACGGGCCUGGGACUGACGUAACAGCCCCUCGCCCCUCUGUGGCCUACGCAGUGACCAGCUGGCUCAACCUGGGAACGUUUUUGGUGUUUCGCGUCUGUACCCUGGGCUGGAUGGCGCGCUGGCUGGCAGGUCACACUGAACAUAUUCCUCGCUACAUCCUGAUGAUGGGGACGGCCGGCCUGAGUCUCAUCUCCACCAUGAACGCAGUGCUGUAUUACAGACUGCUCAGAGCAGACAUCCUCACUAACGCGCGCAACACCAGCAAGAACCAAUAGAGGGAGGCAGCGCUGUGUUUCUCCUGGGCAAAAAUAACUACUAAUUCAGUUUUUCUACCUCAUGAUGUGCUGAGCAGUCUAACUUACAGUGUUUGCUCGUUAACUUGUACUGUUUUUUUUCUUUAUAAUAGAAAACAAAGAUUAAGCAGAAGUUAGCAGACAUCUCUGGGGGGCUUCAGGUCAGACAUAAAAAGAAUCACAUAAGGGCAGCUUUCAGAUCCAAUAUACCCUCUAAGUGUUAGUGUUCAGUGACAAUUUACUUAACAGCAGUGGAAAUGCACUGUAUACUGUGUAUGAACAGUUGUUGUUGAAGCAAAAUGGCUCUGCUUUGUUUUUAAUUUCAUAAAGUACAAACAAAUCAGGGACAUUUUUCAUGUACCCUCACAUGAAACUUGAGUGAUUAUCAUUUGACUAAAUAAAUCUUUAACCGUAUU